GAAACACAGGCUAAAACACCGACUCAACUCCCGUGCCUCACACACGCGUGAUCCGGAUCCCCGAUGCCUGGGCUUUAGCGCCGGUGUGAGAAAAACCGGCCUGGGUUUGGACCGACCCUGCGCUCGAUCAGGUCUCAGAGAUGGAGGCCAUCUAUGGGGAGAUGGAGGUGGAGAGCUGCUACACGCUUCUGGAACUUCCUUCACCCAAGAAGAAACGCAGGAGCAAAGGCAGCGUGGAGAACUCGGACAAACCCAAGAAGCCCAGAUCGGCGUAUCUGCUGUAUUACUUUGACGUGCAUCAGAGCGUCCAGCAGGAGCAUCCGGACCUGCCGCAGUCUGAGAUCAACAAGUGCAUCAGCGACAGCUGGAAGAGGCUGAACGUGGCAGAUCGAGGUUAUUAUCUGGAGAGAGCGCGCAUGGAGAAAGACGGCAUCGACCCGGUACGCCUGAGCAGCCAAUCAGCAUCCGCCUCCUCUCAGGACAUCCCAGGUUUCCGCAAGAUCCUCCCAAGGGCCAAUUACGUGCUGCUGCCCAAGAGCUCAGCGGGAGGCGAGCGGCUCGAGGGCGAGAGUGAGGUGGACGCUCUGGCGGACGGGGCUGUGGAUAGAGCCCCUCGGGCCCCGGCGCAGGACACCCUGGUGUCCCCCAUGACUCUGGGCAGUGAGGUGGAGCUGACGGAGCAGUGCAUCGCCAUCGAGGCGCUCAGCGAGGACACACCGUCCCAAAGCACCGCUGAAAGACUGUCAGCUCUCAGCCAGGACCCUCACAGAGCCGCCCCUCUGCUCGUCAAGAGGGAGGAGCCUCGAGUGUCGUAUGGUGAUGUCGGCAUGGCGAUGGAGAAUGGAAUGGAGGGCGGGGCUCUGAUCAAAGCAGACGCCACACAUCUAGUUGCCAUAAUACCCAGUCAGGGUCUUGUGGAGAAUAAAGUAAUUAACACAGCCAGUCCGAUAAUGAUGUUUCCAUUAGUGAGCACUGUCAAAACAGAACCCAAACCCUCCUUUAAACUGCCCAUCAAAUACACCCGGCGGGGACGGGGCAACUGCACCACACCCGGGUGUGUGUUCUCAUACGUCACCCGUCACAAACCGCCCCAGUGCCCCGACUGCGGACAGCACCUCGGAGGGAAGUGGGUGGCACCUAGUAAGAGAAGCUCGGUCAAAACUUCUGAGCCGUCUUCAGGAAAACAGAACGACGACUCGAAACAAACUCAUCCGGCGGACGCUGAGACGUCAGAGCAGACAGAAGAGCAGACGACAGCUUCCUUUAUCACUCAGAAAGCCUCUUCAGAUAAAGCUCAGGACGGAGUGACUGCCGCUGCUUGCAGGGCGGCCCGUAAAAAGAGAGAGCGGCUGAAUGCAGCGUCAGCCCAACACACAUCUGACGGAGCUGCUGUCAAAACAUCAGAUGCAGCUCAGAGCGCCGAAGGCACAGCUGUGCUAUCAUUGGGAGGUGGUCAAAUUCAGAUUGUCACGAGAGAAAAAGCUAGCAGCGCUUUACAGAAACGCCGGAUACGAGCCAUUCUCCCAGCUCCUGCACAGACUAGUGCGUCCGCUCCGUCUGCGGUGGUGCAGUGGAUCACGGUUCCUCCUGAUAAAGUCAAACCAGACGCUGCUGCUGUCAUCAAAGCUGAGAAACCCUCAGCCAGUGAUCACAUGACAGGACUGAAGCCCAGCACCCUCAAACAGCUGGGUCACAUGAUCACACCCAGUGCCUUACAACAGAAGUCCAUCACGGUCAGCAGUAACCAGUACAUCAUCACCGACAACGGCGUCAAGAUCCUCUCCAUGCUGCCCUUCAAGAAGACGGCUGGAUCUUCCCUAGCUCUGGGUUUGUCCACAGCGAGAGGUCGCGGUCGGUGUAAGAAUCCGGCGUGUGAUUACGUCUACAAGAACAGACACAAACCUCAGCGCUGUCCGACCUGCGGCUGUGAACUCACCAACAAACCCUCCAAGAAGAGCAAGCUCACCCUGUCCUCGGAGGACGCGUGCUCUUCUGCGCUCCUGUUAGACGUCUCUCAGCCUCUGAGCGGCGCUCAGAAAGAGCAGCAGCGUCACUCCACCGUGGGUCUGCUGCGCUCCUGCCUGCAGUUCCCCGAGAGCGAGAGCGAGCUGCAGGACGUCUUCAGCCUCAUCCAGCAGCUCAACGCUCAGCAGAAGCACAGCGAGGAGAGCGGCGGCUGGCCCAGCUUCUACGAGCCGGCGGCCACUCACUGCAGCCUGUGUCAGUCCCCGCUGCUCCGAGGAGACCAGAGUUCGCUUGCUGGUUUGGAGGAAUGCUGGUUGUUGACGGAGUGCUUGAUUCGUCCCGUCACCCUGCAGCUGAAAGUCUGUAGCGGUCUUCAGUGUCUGGCCAUACACAGUUUCACAGACCUGCACCCGGGUCUGUUUAACGUGGGUAAUAAGCUGCUGGUGACGCUGGAUUUGUUCUUUAAGAUGAGGCAUCAGAUCAGGCUGGGCGAGGAGCCCUCUCACGCCGCUCUCGCUGUGAUCAAACACUCACUCACGCUCACAGACGGCGCGCUGAGCUCCGAUCAGCUGUCACGUGUUCAGGAUCUGUUCUGCAGCGGUUACUGGGCCUUUGAGUGUCUGACGGUCCGAGACUAUAACGAUAUGAUCUGUGGCGUGUGCGGCAUCGCUCCCAAACUGGAGAUCGCUCAGCGCAACCCCAACAGCGUGUUACUGCUCAAAAACGUGGAGUUCACGUGGCCUGAUUUCCAGGCGACAGAUGAGGUUCAUGUGGAUGAGUUUUGGCUGACGAUGGAGAACGAGGCGCUGGAGCAGGCGGCGUUUCCCUCCAGCUUCCCCAUCACCCGCUUCGACGCCUCCAUCAUCGCCCCGUUCAUCCCUCCUCUCAUGAGAAACACCUCCGUCAUCAACACGGAGAAAGACAAAACCCCGUCUGACACGCAGCUCAGAGGGGACCCAUCUGUCCUGGUGCGUCUGAUCCACGAGGGUCGUCUGAUCCCUGAUCAGCUGGAUCUACACACUGAAGAGGAGCUCAGAGACAUGCUGGAGAAGUGUGGGAUUCCUGGAGCUGCACACAGUGAUAAGGACGAGCUGCUGGCGUCUGUGUCCCUGCUGUAUUCACACACACAGAGCGGCCUGUGGACGGCGCGGCGGCCCGGCGCGCACCAGACCGCCGGACGGAUCAGCAAAGUGUGUCCUCAUCAGGUCGUCUGCGGCUCCAAGUACAUCGUGCGCAGAGAGAGCGCCCGAGAUCACCUGGACCUGCUGCUCUCAUCCCGCUUCUGGCCGCCCGUGUACGUGGCAGAUUGUGCCCAGAAGGUGGCGCUCUGCGCCGACGUGUUGUAUCCUGACCUGGCCUCUCAGAUGUGGGGCAAGAAUCAGGGAUGUUUCUCCGACCCUACAACACCACCUCAGUACGUCUCGUGCUCGGAGCUCCAGGACCAGCCGUACAGUUUAGAUCUGACAUCGACCGAGUCCAACCCUCACCUGCACCCUCUCACCAAAUCCACCUCUCGCUGGACGGUGCGACCCGACGGAGCGGACGCCCCCCACGACGCCCACCACGCCAUCAGCCUCUGCAAAGAGCUGGAGCCGUACGCCGGCGCCGCGGCGGAGAUCUGCGAACGUGACGGCAGCCCGGCUCUCGUGUUCGAGAACGCCGCGUAUUACUACCUCUACAACCGCCUGCUGGACUUCCUGAGCAGCAGGGACAUCGUGAACCAGCAGAUCGCCGAGGUGCUGAGCGUCUGUCAGCCGGGCGAGGUGGUGAUGAUCAGAGACGCCCUCUACAGGCUGGGGGUCGCCCAGAUCAACUCGGAGCCGGCGGAGGACGCCGCGGACGGAGGGCCGGACAAACACUCGGACGGAGUCGUGUUCGAGGAGGUCAUGCUCUUCUGACUCAGGGAUCCGCUAGAUGAUGUGGAGACAAGAUCCUGAAAGCACUUCAGAUGAUGGAAAUACUUCAUGGAAAAAUAAACCGUUGUCAUUUAUUGACCCAAAUGAUUUUAAACAUUUUUAUGCAGCGUUUUUCAGUGUCUGUUGUAUGAUUUCAGAAGACCUUAAAUAUGGCACACAUUCACUGGUGUGAAAAAAAAGUAUUUAAAACGCUUUGUGUGACUCUGGCAUUAUAUCUUAUUCUGACGUGUUUAUGAUUGUGAAUAAGAAGCAUUUUAUCGGUCACAGAAAAGUAAAAACGAACUGGAAAACUGA